GCGGCGCGCGGCCACGUGGACGGCGGCGCGCGGUCUCCGGUGGGACCGGCGAUCCCGCUGCACCAUGAGCGUGGGAUUCAUCGGCGCCGGGCAGCUCGCCCUCGCCCUGGCCAGGGGCUUCACGGCGGCAGGGGUCCUGGCCGCGCACAAGAUCACGGCGAGCUCCCCUGACACCGACCUACCCACGGUCAGCGGGCUGCGGAAAAUGGGUGUGAAUUUCACGGUGAGCAACAAGGACACGGUGAAGAGCAGCGACGUUCUCUUCCUGGCCGUGAAGCCCCCCAUCAUCCCCUUCAUCCUGGAGGAGGUGGGCCCCGACAUCGAGGCCCGCCACAUCGUGGUGUCCUGCGCGGCCGGGGUCACCAUCAGCUCCAUCGAGAAGAAACUGUCUGCCUUCUGCCCCACACCAAAAGUGAUCAGGUGCAUGACCAACACCCCUGUGAUUGUCCGGGAAGGUGCUACAGUCUAUGCCACUGGGACUCACGCGGAUGUGGAGGAUGGGAAGCUCCUGGAGCAACUGAUGGCCAGCGUGGGCUUCUGCACCGAGGUGGAGGAGGACCUGAUAGAUGCUGUAACGGGGCUCAGUGGCAGUGGCCCUGCCUAUGCGUUCACUGCCCUGGAUGCCCUGGCGGAUGGGGGAGUGAAGAUGGGCCUUCCCCGCAGGCUGGCUGUGCGGCUGGGAGCACAGGCUUUGCUGGGUGCUGCCAAAAUGUUGUUGGAAUCUGAGCAGCAUCCUGGGCAGCUGAAGGACAAUGUCUGCUCCCCUGGGGGAGCCACCAUCCAUGCCCUGCACUUCCUGGAGAGCGGUGGCUUUCGCUCACUCCUCAUCAAUGCUGUGGAGGCUUCCUGCAUCCGGACAAGGGAGCUGCAGCAUCUGGCAGACCAGGAGAAGAUUUCCCCAGCAGCCAUAAAGAAGACUUUGUUGGAUAAGGUGAAGCUGGAGUCUCCUUCCCUGUCUGUGGCAUCUGCCAGCAAAGUCAGUCUGUUCACCAAUAAGAGCCCCAGUAGCAAGAAGAACUGACCAGACUGCAGCAGUCUGGAUGUGCUGAACAUCAGUCUCUUCCAUGCCCUGUUUAGUCUAAGGAAAACUCUGAGUGAUGAUGUCCCCUGUGCCUGGCUCUGGGCUUGCAGCAGCUGUGGGGCAGCACCAUGCUGUAGAAGAGGGUCUUUGACUGUAGUGGGGUUAGUGCAAACUGUUCCUGGCAUUGCUGUUCUCUGUUGGGCGGGGGUGGUACCAUCAUCAGAGCUUCCUCAAGGGCAUUGUUGAGAAGCCUUGGAUACUUCCAGGACCCAGACAGUGUGGUGUCCCAUGCAGAAAUGGUUUCUAAUAGGACUUUUAAGAGGUUUCAGAAUGCCUUUUGGUCUCAAAGGUUGAACUGGGCCUGGAUCCCUCUUGCCCCACCUCGCAUCUGCUGUCAAAGCUUGUAUUGUGUCACUGGCUUCAUUAGCUAGAGCAGGUGCUGCCACACAAAUGCAUUGGAGGCUGGGCCCUAAACCACCUCUCCAAAGGGACCAAAGUGCCUCUGCCCCAUCUCCCAUCUGCCUUGACUUUGAGAGACAGAUGUUGUGAACCUCUGGACCACACUCCAUUCCUCUCUUUGCUGGCUGCCCCAUCUCUACUCUGGGAACAGUGAGCUGCCCUCCCUGCCCUUCUGCUGCUCACUUGGCUUGGGUGGAGGGGCAGGUGGAGGGGCAGCUAGUGCUCCCUUUUCCCUCUGUCGCUGACACUUCCGUGCCUCCUUGGGCAGAAUCUGCUCCCACAUGUCCAUGCGUAUUUUCAUUGUUGUUGUUCUCCCUGAUGCUCUUCUUGCUCUUUGCACUGCUCCAAGGCCAGGCAGGAAGAGGGCUGAAGGCAAGGACAACCUCCUCCACAUGGGGACAUUUAAGAUGGGCUUAUUGUCUCCUGAGGAACCUUGGUGCACAAAAGCAUUUUGCUAUCGAGGCAGAGGCUGCCAAAGGUGCGAGCAAUGUGAAAGCAAUCCUAGUGUUAGGCUUUAGCGGGGUCUGGCCCUAUGGGCAUGACAGAUGGUCACUCCUCUUCCCUCUUCGUGUAAUAAACUGCUGCUCUGACAGAGCUGUGGCUGAUCCCA